GACUCUGCGCUCUGGUAUUUCCUCUGCAACCUCACAGGCCCACGCUGAGCCAGCAGGGAGGCAGCUGGCCAUGGGCGCCUGCUCAGAAGACCCCCACCUGUGCGGGGCCUCCUGGCUCCUGCGAUUCACCGGCCUCCUCCUCAGUGUCUGCAGCACUGUGACCCGGAGUCCUGGAGCCCCUGAGUCUGCAGUGGAGGAUUCUGGAAUCCCUGUUACUCUGAAGGGGAUUCAAGGAGCUUCUGUGUUGUUUCGCAUGAUCAGAAAACCAGAAUUACCUCCUGAAGUCGAGCUGGAGAAUAUUACUUGGGGCAUUAUAAAUCAAAAACUGUACACACCCGUACUCCAAGUUAGUCCCAGGGGAGAUGUUCCACGAUGGGUCAACUUCCAGGACAAGUUCGAGAAGAGGGUCCAUGUGCUCAACCCAACGACCCUGAGGAUUGACAAUCUGACCUUUGAGGACAGUGGGCUGUACCGAGCUCAAGAGUCCUAUACGAGAGGAAGACAAUAUUACCAGGAUUUCCACCUAAUGGUCUACGAGCCUGCGCCCCUUCCCCAGAUCCGGGCCACGGUUCUGUCCCUCACACCAGGCUGGUGCAACCUCACCGUGGAGUGUAACACCACAGGAACCAGGGAGAACCUAACGGUGUCCUGGGAGAAUGAGAGCCUCCCCAGGGAGCUGGAGCAGAGACCAGCCUCAGGACCAGCCCCCAACCUCUGGGCUCUGGCUGUGAACCUGCCCCUGAGCCAGCCCAGCCCCAACAUCACCUGUGUGGUCACCAAUCAGGUGGACCAGAAAACUGCCACCCUGGACCUUGGGGACAUCUGUGUCCACAGACUCUGGCAGGCACAUCCAACCUGCUUCUGCCCUUCGGUGUCAUUCCCGUGCUGCUCAUCUGAGGGGUCAGGCCGGCGACUCCUGCAGGAAUCAGGGCUCAGGGCUCCUCUGCCCCUUUCUGGUCUCACAGACACACGUCACACCCACCUGCCUGCCUGCGUUCCCGAUGUGUCCCGCUCCCCUCGGCAGCCAGCCUCUGCUCAGGCCCCUCCCUCUGCCCUCAGCCCUUCCAAGUCAGGAGUCCCCCACUCCCCACUGAUUCCCAUCCAGGGACCCCUCCCUGCAGCUGGCUCCGGGGGCCUGUGACCCG